CGUAGUGGAGAAUAUUGGUUUAUAAGGGCAUUUAUCGCGAUUUACGCCUUCAGGUAUUCCAUAGCCUUGCAUACCAAUUCUGUAUUCUGUGGCCAAAAAGAUCGUCCUGGGGCAAAGGGAAGGCGCACAAGUUUGUAAAUAUGGCAGGCGAGGUUGUGGUUGAUGCCCUUCCAUACAUUGAUCAAGGUUAUGAUGAGCCUGGCGUUCGUGAAGCGGCAUUAGCAAUGGUUGAAGAAGAGACCAGGAGAUACAGACCUACAAAAAAUUAUCUAGAACACCUGCCACCUCUUAAUUUGAGCGCAUUUGAGACUGAGAUAAUGCGUAGUGAAUUUGAACGUAUGCAACAACGUCAACCAAUGGAUGUUCUGAGCAUGAAGCGUUACGAACUUCCACCUCCACCUGCUGGUAAAAUGACAGAUAUUGCAGCAUGGACAGAAUGUGUUGAGAAUUCCAUGGCACAGCUGGAACAUCAAGCAACAAGAAUUUGUAAUUUGGAGCUGAUGGUUGAAUAUGGCUGUGAAGCGUGGAAAAGUUACCUUGAAGUCUUGGUACAGUUAGUCACUCAGUCUCAGAAACAACUCCAGAGCAUGAGGAAGAUGAUUCAAGAGAUCAACUGGCAACGGAAGAACAUGCAAACACAAGGUGGAGAGAAGUUACGUCAGUUAGAAGCCCAGUGGGUUGGGCUCGUCAGUAAAAACUAUGAAAUCGAACAAGCCUGCGUUCAGCUCGAGAAGGAAGUGGGAAAAUUGAAAGCAACUGAUAAGAAGUAGCAUGGCAGUGACUUACGUCUGUUAAGGAAAUUAAAAGCGUGUUUUUUCAGUAAUGAUGAAGACCAACACCGUCAUCCUUACGUUUUAUUUCAAGAGGAAAUGCUAGACUGUGUUUUGAAUAGUGACAUCAGUAAAGAAGAAUCAAAGAUCAUUUGUCAGUUUGUGCAUAAACAAUUAGUUACUGACAACAAAAACUUUGUGGUUUAAUUGAAUUAGUGUGGGGAAGAGUCGAGUUUGUGUUCAGUAGAAAUAACAUGCUGAAGCUUAUGCAGGCCUCAAAUGAAAAUUGGCAACCAGAAUUAGACGUUUCAGUGUUGAUAUAUUGACAGUCAAUUCAAUUCUGUUCCUGUAACAUAACUUGUAACCUAAUGGAAUAUCAAGUUUACAUAAAAAAAAACUGAUUUUAUUAAAUUCAUAAUAUUCCAUGUA